CUUAAAUUGAUAUCCGUUGGAGCGGAGCCCCAGUAACUUGGUUUUAUGAAAUGAAUAACUCGGCUGUUGAAGAUUUUCCAAGUAAAAUAUUUCAUCAAAUUAACAAGUAUAUGUGUGGGGUAUUAUGGUCAAUGACAAUUUCUCUACAUCUUUUCUCAGUUUAUAAAUGGGGCAUAUAGUGCAAUUAUAUUUUCAGUUUUAAUAGAUUAUUUAAGUUAAUAUCGUUAUUAAUUAAAUAUUAUGUCUGAAAAAGUAGGUGUUGAAAUAACAAACAGUAGUAUUGGUGGACUGAAUGGAUUCGAAUUAAGUGACAAUGAUGAAUUGAAUAAUUUUGAGUUCACUAAGGAAGAAAGGAAAAAAUACUUAAGAAAAGUUGAUUAUUAUGUGCUUCCGCUUAUUUAUGUUACUUAUAUGAUUUUGGCUUAUGAUAAGGGUAUCCUUUCUCAUGCAGUUUUAUUUAAUUUCACACUUGAUUUAGGAUUAACCAAAAUUACAAUUACACCCCAUGGUAUACUGGAAAAUAAUGUUAGAUAUUCUGAUGUUGUCACUGUAUUUUAUGCUUCUUAUGCUGCUGGAACUUAUCCAUUAACCUGGCUUUCGACAAAGUUCAGUGUUAAAAAGUUUGUUUCGUUAUCUGUGCUUACAUGGAGUGUGGUAGUUUUUACUACCCCAGCUUGUAAAACAUAUGCUGGUAUUAUGGUUAACAGAGCAAUUUUAGGAUUCUUAGAGGCAGGUGUAGCUCCAACUUUUAAUAUCUAUAUGUCUAGAUGGUGGACUAGAAAAGAACAGUCUAUUAGAUCAAGUGUUUGGUAUAGUGCCUAUGGUUUGAGUGGUAUUAUUAGUGCAUUUAUAGAUUAUGGUUUGGGUACAGUAAGUACAAAAUUGAAACACUGGCAACCAAUGUUCUUCUUUAUUGGAAGUUUAACGUUAGUAUGGAGUAUAAUAAUUUUCAUAUUGCUUCCUGAAAGUCCCCAAGAAUGGAGCAGAAUUAGUCAAAGAGAGAAAGAUAUUCUCAAAGCUCAACAAGAAAACGAGAACCAUAUGAAUCAAAAGUUCGAUCUCAAACAAGCUUUGGAGGCAUUAACAUCAUUUAAUACUUGGUCAGCUGGACUUUUAGCAGCCUUUGCAGGUGUUAUAGCCGUUGGAUUAUUAAAUUUUUUAACAUUGAUUAUUACAGGCUUUGGAUUUGGAUUAGCAGGAACACUAGCCUUAACCAUUCCAAUUUCCGUUAUAUAUAUAAUAGGUAUGGUGUUUGCUGGGUAUAUUUGUAGGAAGUUUAAUGGAUUAGUUUAUUUGGCUGCAAUAGUUUGUGACUUAAUUUGCCUUGUCGGAACUUUCAUAUGCUGGUUUUCUCCAAGGCAUAAGAAAGGACUUUUAUACUUUGGUACCUUCUUACUUGCUUUCCAAAGUGUACAAAUUUAUGUUGGAUACUAUUUAGGUACUGUCAAUGCUGCAGGUGCUUCGAAGAAAACAUUAUCUAACUCAGUAGUCUUUGCUUUAGCUUCUGCUGGAAAUAUUGCUGGAUCAUAUAUCUUUUCAAGUACACCGGGACCCGAAUUCAGAGGUGCAUGGAUAGGCUGUACAUGCGUUGCUGCUGCAAGUGCUGUAAUUGCUAUUUUUUCCAGGUUUUAUUUGCAGCAUGAGAAUCGUAAGAAAGACAAAUUAAUGAGCGAAUCAUCUACUGAAGAGAAAGCCAACCUAACCGAUAGUAGUGAUUUAUCAUUUAGGUAUAUUAUUUAGUUAAUAGGUAGAAUCAAAUGGGUUAUGAAGAGUUCACGAUAUUUAUCCUAUUAUCUCACGGUGAUUCACAGCCU